AUGAGUCCAAGCUGGCAAGCAAAACACGGUCAGGGCCUAGCCUCGGCUACAACUUGGCAAGCGAAACAGGAUAUAGCAGCCCCAGGAGACGAUAUAUUGGCAGCAUAUCCUCCAAUUCCAAGCGCAAGAAAUGGAUACGCGUUCUCAUCUGGAGCAUCAAUGGCUUCUCUUCGUGCAUCAGGAAUUGUUGCUUUACUAAGAUUGGUCUCUGGCAGCUAUAAGGUUGUCACUCGCUGCUACAGCCUGGAGAACCAAUCCUUAUUCGGGACAACCACUUUUGGCUCAGGAAGACAUAACAAAGAUUGCUGA